GGGUGUGAACGGAAUGUCUGUGGAUGAGAAGACUGAAUCCCCCAUGUAUGUGUAUGAGUCAACAGUCCAUUGUACCAAUAUCCUCCUAUGCCUCAAUGACCAACGGAAGCAGGAUAUUCUCUGUGACGUGACUUUGAUUGUGGAGGGCAAAGAAUUCCGAGCCCACCGAGCUGUGCUGGCUGCAUGCAGCGAAUACUUCUUGCAGGUGUUAGUCGGGCAGACAGAAAAUGACCUGGUUGUCAGUCUGCCAGAAGAGGUCACUGCCAAGGGAUUUGGUCCGUUGUUGCAGUUUGCCUACACCGCUAAGCUAUUACUCAGCAGAGAGAACAUACAAGAGGUCAUCCACUGUGCCGAAUUUCUACGUAUGCACAACCUGGAGGAUUCCUGCUUCAGCUUCCUCCAGACCCAACUGCUGAACAACGAAGAUGGCCUGUUCCUGUGCAAAAAGGAUCUCACCUAUCAGCGGAUGCAUGAAGAUGAGAACUCGGAGGGAGAAGAGGAAGAAACUAUGGAGUCAGAGACUUCAAAGAUAUCUUGCUCAAGAGAGAGAAUUCACUCGGAGCCCUUUGACUUUGAACCCGCCACGUCUGGAGCCAGUAAGGAGGAAGGGAUGCUGCCAGACCCUGAAAUACUGGAUGAUGGCAAGGAUAGUUUGGAUAAAGAAGUAGUAACACGGUACCCCAGGUAUAAGAAAUACCAGCUAGCUUGUACCAAGAAUGUCUACAACGCAUCACACGUUAGUACCUCAGGUUUCACAAGCACAUUCAACGAAAAAGGUUCAGGUGAUGACCUCAAACCAGAACUUGGUGUCGGGCAAAUUAAAAGUGAGCCUAGGAAUGAGGAAAACAAUGAAGAAAACAUCACACUUUGCCUCUCUGGAGAUGAGACUGGUGUCAGGGAUAAAGAAGAGGAUAUUGAAAUGGACCGAAAGCAGCCAAGUCCCAAUGGAUCUGGAAGGUCUAAAAAUAGUUCCUCUCCUUCCUGCCUAAGAUCUUUCUUCAACCGAACAAAAACUGUAGACGUAGAUGGCUUCCCAAGUACUUCCCAACAGCACUUUGCCAGAAAUCCAGCAUGCCCUUUUGACAAGGGGACAACUCAGGGUGACCAUAAAGCUGAUUAUGUCCCUUUUGUGGGCAGUUAUGGGCUCUCCCAAGGUGUUCAGAAGGAUGCUUCCAGUUUUACAGUGGGAUCACCUCUAAGAGGUCCUGGCUUUGUUGAAGGUCUUUGUAAGCAGGAAGGUGAAGUGGACAGGAGGACUGUUAUAUUCUCUUCAAAUGUUUGUGACCAAGUAAACACUUCGGUGCAUUCAUAUUCUGGCAUGAGCAGCUUGGAUAAAGAUCUCACCGAGACUGUGCCAAAAGGUCUGUGGGCAGGAAGCAGCCAAUCUCUUCCCAGUUGCCAGACCUAUGCCCAUAUUGGACAAACAGCUGACCACUUCCCAGGACGGAUGCGACCCAACACCAGCUGCCCAGUGCCAAUUAAAGUUUGUCCUCGGUCUCCUCCUCUGGAAACCAGAACAAGGACCUCCAGUUCAUGUUCCUCCUACUCUUAUGCAGAGGAUGGCAGCGGUGGUUCUCCCUGUAGCCUGCCUCUGUGUGAGUUUUCAUCUUCCCCCUGUUCUCAAGGAGCUCGAUUCCUGGCCACUGAGCAUCAGGAGACGAGCAUGAUGGGAGAUGGAAUAUACAGCCAAGUCAGACCCCAGAUAAAAUGUGAGCCAUCCUAUGGAACAAACUCUAGCGAUGAGUCUGGAUCGUUCUCUGAAGCAGACAGUGAGUCAUGUCCUGUGCAAGACAGAGGACAUGAGGUGAAACUUCCCUUUCCUGUAGAUCAAAUCACAGAUCUUCCAAGGAAUGAUUUCCAGAUGAUGAUAAAGAUGCACAAAUUAACCUCAGAGCAAUUGGAAUUUAUCCAUGAUGUUCGGCGGCGCAGUAAAAACCGAAUUGCUGCCCAGCGCUGUCGCAAGAGAAAACUGGACUGUAUUCAGAAUUUAGAAUGUGAAAUCCGCAAAUUGGUUUGUGAGAAAGAGAAACUUCUCUCAGAAAGGAACCAGCUGAAAGCAUGCAUGGGAGAGUUAUUAGAUAAUUUCUCCUGCCUUUCCCAAGAAGUCUGCCGAGAUAUGCAGAGCUCCGAACAGAUCCAAGACCUUCACCGAUACUGCCCUGUGCUCAGGCCUAUGGAUCUUCCAACAGCAGCUAGUAUCAACCCUUCAUCAGGUGGAGUGGAGCAAAAUGUAGUGACAUCCCAGUGCAUCGGAGAAGGCUUGCAGUGUUGUUCAGAACAAAGCCCAGUGCAGCAGCUGGGAGCCCACUGGCUACCCAACAACAUUUCUGACAAAUGUGCUGCAAGAGGACUGGAUGGAGUUGACCAAGUUACUUAUUCUGAGCAGGAGCUCCCUCCAGAGCAGAACAACCAAGCGGUGACCAUGGAUUUCUGUCAGGAAAUGACUGAUAAGUGUACAACAGAUGAGCAGCCUAGGAAGGAGUACACCUAGUGUUCGGUAUACCUUUUACAUCACACCUAGCAAGGUCUCUUCAGUCAGUCAGUAGCCACGAUCAAUUGUUGUCUAUAUUGAAGAUCAUACUUGGUGCACACUACAGUGGUCUUAGCAGCAAUACUGUUUUUAAGUAUUCCAUCCUCUCUACAAAGCAGGAGUUUAACUUCUUCACUAUGGUGCUAUCCCAUGCUCAGGCAGGGGAACAAAGCAGUGGCAACACUGUCUGAUUCUUUUUUUAUUGUUGUUGUUAUUGUUACUGUAUUUUAAUUUCAAUAUUCAACAGGGAUGGACAUAACACCUCUGAGGAUCCAAACGCAGCUUUUUCUCAGUGGCUCAUGUCACAAAACCCUAACUCAGGAAUUUCCUCUGAAUGUUCAAUUUUUCAUUGAAGACAGCUUCUUUACACAUCAAAGUUUUAUAGCUAAACUGUACAUAUAUACAUAUAUAUAUAUAGUAUAUAUAAAAAAUAUAUAUCCAUAUGCAAAAAAAAAAAACCCUGCAUGGCUCAGAAUUUCCUCAUGAAAACAACUGGAAUUUUAAAUUUCUAUUGUAUAAAAAAUUCCAACAUUCCUUUCUUGGUCUAUGCUAGAAGUAACUUGUAUAUGUUUUAAUAUUUUCCCCCACCACUCAGUUCACUGUUCAGCAAUAUCAUCUAGUUUGUACUUUAUUUAUAAAGUUUCAAUGUUAGAAACUUCUUUGAAUUUUUAAUCUGGGACAGUGUUGGUGGCACCCCUAACUUUUUCUGCCCGUUUGAGCAAAGUGGGUUUUAUUCUUAUCUUUCUCACAGAUACUGUAUAGCAAUGGUCAAUUUUGCCACUUGCACUGAGUUUUGGAUCAAACCUCAUUUCAUAAAUGAAGUUGUGACUUUGGUAUAUUUCAAAUAUUUUAUUCAUUGCUUUUUCCUUUAAUUCAACAAACUAGGAAAAACAAACCUCAGGAGUUGAUUAUGUAAUGAAUUAUUAGUCUUGCCAAAUAUGGAAUUCCUCUUAAUAGUGUGAAUUGGGCAUUUUUGGUAUUUAUCUUUGUUUAUCCCUUUUUUUUCUUUUCCAAAUUAAGCCAAAUGGUAUAGUGCAGUGGUUCUCAACGUGUGGUCUGCGGACUUCAAGGGGGGGAGGGGCGCUAUGUCCUCGCAGGUAGUCACGAAGGCUUGAAGAAUGAGUUAAAUCUUAUGAUUGAAAUCAUGAGUUAAGUCUUGGUGGUUUGUGCUCAUAGUCUGUGGCCACAAAAGGUAUUUAAAAGGGGUGUGUGGUAAAGAAAAGGGUGAGUGUAUAUUACCAAUGCUGAGAACUAAGGCAGCUUUCUCCAUCUUGGAUAUGGUGACUGGAAAUAGUGAAAGUUGUGCAGUGCAUCCGAAGGAUACCAAGCUGAGGAAAGAUGGUGUAAGGCAAAAUUGCUUCGAUUCAGUGGCUUUAUGUCAAUCAGCAAAGCUUAAAUCAAGGCCUCCACUCCAGAUCUUAACUUGUGUUACUAGUGUUUAUUUUUUUUUCUCCAAUGGUUCUACUGGCUUCGCUGUAUAAUCCCCCUUAAUGCUGCCUUAACACAGAUGCCGAUUGCAGUGAUAUAUUAGGAUUUACUAUUCUGGCCUGUACUGGCGUCAGUUCUAAACUGCUGAUUCAGUUGCUCUGAGAAAUGAAAAACAGCAUCCAUUCACAGAAUGGCAGAGUACAGAGAACCGUAUUUAGAGCAAUCGUGAAUCUUAAAAAGUUGAAAAAUAUCUCCUUGUCAACAAUAGAAUAUUGACCAAUAUAGAAGACAUGAAAUGUGAGUGAAGGAAUAGUUGCUAAAAUAUUGAAACCUCAGUAAUCCUUGACUUACAACUGGUCCUCACAUGACCAUGGCAACAUCCCCAGGAUCACAUAAACCUAAUUUGGGCACAUGGUAACCAGCAUGUAUUAACAGCGGCUGCAGUGACUUGAGGUCACAUGCUUGCCAUUUCCUAUCUUCCCAGGGCACCUUUGACAAGCAAAGUCAAUUGGGGAAGCCAAAUUCACUUUAACGAUCAUAUAAUGCACUUAACAUCUGAGGUGAUUCACAUAACCAUGCCAAAAAGUCGUAACAUCAGGCGCAACCUGCUUCACAACCAUCUUGUUUAGCAAUGGAAAUUUCGGCCCCAAUUGUGGUUAUAAAUUGAGGACUACCUACCUGUAUAAAAACAUUCACUCAACUCUAGCUGAUUUGCAUUGAACAAUGAUUAUGCAAAAUUACUUCCAAACAUAACUCCCUCUCAUGAAAACUUUUUUCCUAUUGAAGUAUUGUACAGGUAAUCCUCAACUUACAACGAUUCGUUCAGCAAAUCACCCUCUGAGGCACCCCAUGCUUUGCCUGAUGCCUGCAUGAGAAGAGGGAGGAGAAGAGUGGGUGCCUUGCUUAAUGAUGGCAACAACUUAAUUCUGGGCUCCAAUGUCGUAGGUCGAGGAGUACCUGUAAAUGGAAAUGAUCUGAAAGGAGCAUUGAUGUAAUUUCAAUGCAUGCCAACAAGAUUUAUGCAGGAUAUUUCUUUCUGGUGGAUUCUGUCCUUCUGUUUUUAAAGAUUACUUUUUACUUUCACAAUAACCUUCUCUGUAUUAGAAGGUUAUUGUGAAAUGUUACGGUAUUAGGCUGUAUUCUAAGGUGGCAUUUAUCAUUUACAGAUUGGUCUUGUUUAUUGUGUAUUAGACCUUAUGGAAUAACCACGCACAGUGUCGAGGCAGACAGCUUUUCUGAAUGCCACAGACAACACUUUCCUCAAAGAUACUGUUUACAUUCAGAGACAGUCCCUCACUCAGCAAAGCAGCAUUGUUUUCCCAGCAGAGGAAUCAGCAUCUUUUUCAAAUGAGGGGUAGGCAGACAAAUAGCUGUUCCUGUUCCUGCGGUAGACUCCACAUUCAUUGUACUCUUCCUGCAGCGUAUUCUACAUUUAUUGACUGAAGAGGGUGAGGGCAUCCCUAUGUAGGAUGGAGAUACUAUAUGUUUAGCAUAUAUUAUUUAAAUAUUAAGCAUUUGUGUAAAAUGAAUAAACUUAUUACUAACUGUAGAGUAAUGUUUAGAUGGGGACUUCCUUUGAAAAUAUAACUUUUCAAAUAAAAUAUUUGGGGUGAGGAAUUAUGUAAGAUAUGAAGGGUAGGCCUUGUAAAUCAGUUGACUUUGCAGAACUCUUGACUGCUUCACAGAGAACUUAACUUCAGUGAUUACAGUCAGUGAUGGAAGCUAAGAUUUCAAGCAACAUGUGAAUGUCAUUAUAUUUUUCACAGCCAUUGAGAAUACUUCAUUUUUUUAUCCUGUUGGCAGUAUUGUUCAAUACUUUUUUUGUUUUGUUUUAAUAGCUGUAAGUGGCCUCUAAGUUGUAUUUUUUGUGGGUAUACAAUUCAGGAUGUUCCAGAUGGAGAACUCCUUUUUACUAUCCAUCGUUAUUUGGCUAUUUUUUUAAAACUUUUUCUUCCGAACAAUGAAAGAAAUGGUAGGAAGGGAAAAUAAAGAAGAAAUAGAAAGCAUGAUUGUACAUAGAGAUUCCCUCCCUUCAAAUAAAAUUUCAUAAGCAGGGCUAAGUAGCUACAAAAUAAAAGCUUCAUCUGGCAGCAUCUCACACUAGAUUCUAAGCACUUGAUAUAGAGAUUUACUAUUAAUACCAACUCACGUGCAAAUGGUACUUUUGACCUCAUUUUAUUAGUUUACAUGUAAUGGACAAAACAUGUUCUACAGUUAUUGUAUUGACCUGGCUCUCUCACUGAUUCAGAGCCUUUUUCUCCUCUUCCUCCUCCUGUUCUACCUCCACCUCCCCUUCUGUUUUUUUUUUCCUUUAAAUCCACUUUUCUGUUGUUUCAAUCUUUUUGCUUUCUUUAUGUUUGCCUCUUCAUUUAGAAGUGACUAAUGUGUAUAUUAGCUUCUUUGGACACCCUAUUGUGUAUGGUUUUUCAGAACCACAUAUGACUCUUGGGUUAACUUCUUAGGAGAAUUACUUUCAGAACUGGACCCAAAUUGAGAUAUUUGAACUGCAUUAGGCUAAAGGAAAAUUAGGGGAUGGGGGGGGGGGUACAGGGGGACGACACAACUGACCAAAAAAUUUCAUUUUUAGAUAAAAGUAAGCAUGCAUUAUGCAGCAGCAAAGAACAGUACCGGUUGUGAUGAAGGAAUGGACGCGAGGUCUUGUUUUUACGUUCCCAUGCUAGUCAGCAGCAGCUUCUGCACUGAGUAAGGAAUGUGCAAAGAAUAUAUAUUUGGCCCUGUCCAGUCUGCAUAUUCUCCUUUUAAUUUGCCUUUGCUGUGCUUUCUAUUGCCAGAAAACCUCAUUUCAUUUAGGCAUCUUCUACUUUUUGUCAGGUGAAUAUUACACUUACAUAAAUAUUUUGCUAGGGGGUGCCUUGAACAAAGUUGAAGUUCAUUGAAACCUGAUUCUGGAACAAAAAGGCUAGUUUUGGGGGAGUUUUUUUGUUUUAAAGAUUCAGUCAGAUUCCCAAAAUAUUCUGAUAUUUAUGUCCUAGACCCAAUAGACGCUGACUCAAGCAUCAGAGUUUGAUGCUGUAGUAUAAAACUAUUAUAUAUUACACAGUUAAAUUAUUUGAAGUCUUUCUAAGAAAUAUAUGCUGCUUUUUUAAAGAUGCACUUUUUUUGGAUCUAAUCCAUCUAUUUUUAUUCCCAAGGAAGUAAAAAUUGAAAAAAAAAAUGGAAUACAGAAGCCACUGUGAUCAGUAUUCCAAUUUUCGUCUCUUGAAAAUAGACAGUCAGAGCUAUCUAAACUUAAUAAAGUCAAUUCAGCUGCUGACUGUAGCAGCUGAAUAUUACAUUCAGCCUACUGCAAUAUGACAAAAUUUUUAAAAAAAUUAUAGGGAGUUUUAAAGAAAAGUGUUUUUGAAUGCUCAGUCAUUGUAGUUUCCCAUUUAUACAUCACUGUGAUGUGAAAAGCCGCAUGGGUGGAAUUUCAGGUGAUUUUUUUUUAGCUCUUUUUUCUUCUUCCCUAAAUAAAGUAUGAUAACUAACCUCACAGCAACUGAUUAAAUUUAUUUUUUAUCUUUGGUGUGCCAGUCAAUCUUUAUGGCCUUUAGUAUAGGUUAAUCUAAUCCUGAAGCCUGUUGGUCUUCUUUUACUGGUGACCUGUAAAUCUUAUAUGUUUCUAUUUCACAACAAACCAACAGGCAAGUUUCGCCUCUCCCCGAGCUACGGACAUUCUCUAUCAUUUCUAACAGAUUUAGCCUACAGAGCUACAAUAUCCUUUGAGCAGCAGACUAGUAAGUAGUUUUGUGAAGCCUAUGCAAGCAUGAAAUUCUCAACAAUCUAGCUCAGACCAAUGACUCCAAGAGGCAGUUUUCACACGCACACAAAAGAUCAGGAUUUGUGUUUGUUUGAUCACUUAUUUCACUGCCAUCUCUUUAAAUGUGUACAUUUAAAAAGUUUUGAGUUAGUGAAGACAGAUAAGAAAGGAUGUUACUUGAUGUAGCCUUUGGAAAGCUCUGCUAAAAAAAUGUGGUAGCUAAUUUCUAUCUACAAUAUAAAAUCAGUAUGUGUAAUUUUGCUUGUUUAUAUAUUAUGUAUAUUUAUAAUUGAAUUAUUUUGUGACACAGGCAUCAAAUAAUGCUGCAGAAUACAGUUGUACAUAUGUUAAAUCCAUUCAAACAAUUUUUAUGUAUAUUAAAAAAAUAUAGUUUGGUGGAUUGUAGACUACUAAUAAAUUAUUAUAACUUUCUCUGGAAGUUAGAAUGUCAUUGCUUGCCGUGUAAAAGAAUUACAAUAUUUUCCUACACUCCACCAAUAUUAUAUAUAGAUAGAUAGAUAGAAAGAUAUCAGAAUAAAACUAGUGAUAUGUAUUUGUUUUUAAAUUAUAAUGCUCAUGUGGUUCUACCAUUGUGAUGAAAGCCACUUUUUCUAGUGGGGAGUAAUUAUUCAAAUCCUUCAAACUGAAAAAAAGAUAACUUUUUAUUAUCAAUGCCUCACUAAUAUCAGCUCUUUUAUAUAUAGGUCCAGUUUACAUAAUGUUUAAACACCUAUGCAGUGUAAUAAAAUAAAUUAUAUGAAAGUUUGUUCAGCUUGACCCUAUGCAUGUUUACUCGAAAGUAAGUCUCACUGAGUUCACUGGAGCUUCUUACCCCGGAUAAGUGUGCAUAGGAUUGCAGCCUUAUAAAUAAAUACUAAAAAAAAGGAGUUUGAUGAAAAUCCAUUUCUGUCAUUGCUCAAAACUAGGAAAUGGUUCAAGCGAUUUUGAAGCCAAUGAUCCAUUUAAUUUUGAAGGCAGUCGGGAUUAGAAACUUAGCCUAGAAAUUCCCUGUUUUCUGUCUUAACAGGUGAAUUCAAAUUUGAGGAGACAAGACUGAAUUUCUGGGUUAUUCCACACAUUUAGAGUUCAGUGCUUUGUUGGUAAUGAGUAUGAGUUCUUGUGCAUUUGCAGUUAUGAAAAGGAUAAGACGUUCUUCAAAAACUGAUACUUAAUACUUGUGUUACGAAUUUUAAAAAAAUAUCUGGACUCCUCCAAUCAGCAGAAAUUCCAUUCAGUACUUUGGAGAUCUCUGUAUGCUGAUUUUUGCCAUUCAGUUCAAGGCUCAUCUUUGAUUACAAGGGUGAAGAUACCCUCAAGAGUUUGUUCCAGAACCAGUGGGAUACAAGUGCACCUCUACUAUCUAUGCCUUACAAACUUCAGAGGCCAUAUUCAAAACAGGGUUUUAUCAGUGUAUGCAAGGGGAUGCAACCCCUCUCCUCUUCCUCCCCAGGUCAAACAGUAUGGACAGUUCUCACACAUAUCUACCUGUAUAAUCUUCUGUACCUCUCAUAACUGGUCAAUGACUGUAACAAGUUGCAUCAGGUGUUUUUCUAUAUACUUUUUACACAGAAUCUAUGUGAUUAAUGGAACUUAAUUCAAUGCAUCAUUUUAUUGUACUAGUUCUUAAGCUUGUCUAUUAUUAUUUUUUUCUAGGUGACUGUGGUUUCUUGUGAUUUUUACUGUAUAAAUGAAAUGGCUGUUGAUGCUUAUUCCUUGUUACUAAGAAUUUUUACCUUUUUGGAAAAAAAAAACAGCAUUGCUAUCUAUGAACUAAUAAAUUUAAAGACUUCAGUUACUCAUUGUAAAUACAGUAUCGUGCAAAAAGAUUUUUUCCAUUCAUUUGAAUUGAUAGUGUUAACUGAAUUUUGUCUAGACACCAUUUCUGUUGAUGAAAUAAAGACAUACCAAUAUGUAUUGUA